AGUUCCAAGCCCGCCACUCACUCUCACCCACCCCACCCCCAAUCUGUCCUUCCUUUCUCUGUCUCAGUCACAAAAUUCUCCCCUCCCCUUUCUUGAGCUCACAGCCCUCCAAUUUCCGAUUUCAGGACGGAACCGGAAGUUCAGUGGGCGGGGCCCGGCGGCGAAAACGCAGCGGAGCCGGACCCGGGACUCGGCUGUAGCCGCUGUCCCUGUCCCCGCCACGGAUAGCCGUGGCUUCAGUCUGAAGGUCGGUCCGGAGGCGGGUGGGCGCGGGGCUCCCCCGGAGUGUCCGGGUGGCAGCCUCCCCGGGCCCCCCGGGCUUCGCGAGGGAUCAUGUCUACAGCCUCCGCUGCUUCCUCCUCUUCUUCGUCUUCGGCUGGUGAGAUGAUCGAAGCCCCCUCCCAAGUCCUCAACUUUGAAGAGAUCGACUACAAGGAGAUCGAGGUGGAAGAGGUUGUUGGAAGAGGAGCCUUUGGAGUGGUUUGCAAAGCUAACUGGAGAGCAAAAGAUGUUGCUAUUAAACAAAUAGAAAGUGAAUCUGAGAGGAAAGCUUUUAUUGUAGAGCUUCGACAGUUAUCCCGUGUGAACCAUCCUAAUAUUGUAAAGCUAUAUGGAGCCUGCUUGAAUCCAGUGUGUCUUGUGAUGGAAUAUGCUGAAGGGGGUUCUUUAUAUAAUGUGCUGCAUGGUGCUGAACCAUUGCCAUAUUACACUGCUGCCCAUGCAAUGAGUUGGUGUUUACAGUGUUCCCAAGGAGUGGCUUAUCUUCACAGCAUGCAACCCAAAGCUCUAAUUCACAGGGACCUGAAACCACCAAACUUGCUGCUGGUUGCAGGCGGGACAGUAUUAAAAAUCUGUGACUUUGGUACAGCCUGUGAUAUUCAGACUCAUAUGACCAAUAACAAGGGGAGUGCUGCUUGGAUGGCACCUGAAGUUUUUGAAGGUAGCAAUUACAGUGAAAAAUGUGAUGUCUUCAGCUGGGGUAUUAUCCUUUGGGAAGUGAUAACACGUCGGAAACCCUUUGAUGAGAUUGGUGGCCCAGCUUUCCGUAUUAUGUGGGCUGUUCAUAACGGUACUCGACCACCACUGAUCAAAAAUUUACCUAAGCCCAUUGAGAGCCUGAUGACUCGUUGUUGGUCUAAAGAUCCUUCUCAGCGCCCUUCAAUGGAGGAAAUUGUGAAAAUAAUGACUCACUUGAUGCGGUACUUUCCAGGAGCAGAUGAGCCAUUACAGUAUCCUUGUCAGUAUUCAGAUGAAGGACAGAGCAACUCUGCCACCAGUACAGGCUCAUUCAUGGACAUCGCUUCUACAAAUACCAGUAAUAAAAGUGACACUAAUAUGGAGCAAGUUCCUGCCACAAAUGAUACUAUUAAACGCUUAGAAUCAAAAUUGUUGAAAAAUCAGGCAAAGCAGCAGAGUGAAUCGGGACGUUUAAGCUUGGGAGCUUCCCGUGGGAGCAGUGUGGAGAGUUUGCCCCCAACCUCCGAGGGCAAGAGAAUGAGUGCUGACAUGUCUGAAAUAGAAGCCAGGAUUGCUGCGACCACAGCCUAUUCCAAGCCUAAACGGGGCCACCGUAAAACUGCUUCAUUUGGCAACAUUCUGGAUGUCCCUGAGAUCGUCAUAUCAGGCAACGGACAGCCAAGACGUAGAUCCAUCCAAGACUUGACUGUUACUGGAACAGAACCUGGUCAGGUAAGCAGUAGGUCAUCCAGUCCUAGCGUCAGAAUGAUCACUACCUCAGGACCAACUUCAGAAAAGCCAACUCGAAGUCAUCCAUGGACUCCUGAUGAUUCCACAGAUACUAAUGGAUCAGAUAACUCUAUCCCAAUGGCUUAUCUUACACUGGAUCACCAACUACAGCCUCUAGCACCAUGCCCAAACUCCAAAGAAUCUAUGGCAGUAUUUGAACAGCAUUGUAAAAUGGCACAAGAAUAUAUGAAAGUUCAAACAGAAAUUGCAUUGUUAUUACAGAGAAAGCAAGAACUAGUUGCAGAACUGGACCAGGAUGAAAAGGACCAGCAAAAUACAUCUCGUCUGGUACAGGAACAUAAAAAGCUUUUAGAUGAAAACAAAAGCCUUUCUACUUACUACCAGCAAUGCAAAAAACAACUAGAGGUCAUCAGAAGUCAGCAGCAAAAACGACAGGGCACUUCAUGAUCCUCUGGGACCUUUAAAUUUUAAAAUAUGCAAAGAAAGACUUUUUUUUUUUUUUUUAAAGAAAAGCCCUUAUAGUGACAAUUCAUGAGUGUUAGCUUUUGGGCGUGUUCUGAAUGCCAACUGCCUAUAUUUGCUGCAUUUUGUUUCAUCGUUUAUUUUCUUUUUCUCAUGGUGGACAUGCAAUUCAACUGUCUCCUUGCAUAACAUGGGGGCAUCUGUGACUUGAAUAAGCAGCAGUUCUCAACUUCAGAACAGAUGCAGUGAACCAUGGCUGUAUAUGCAUGCUCAUUGUGUGAAGGCUAGCCUAACAAAAACAGGGGGUAUCAAACUAGCUGCUAUGUGCAAACAUUGUCUUUUUUUCGAGGUGGAACCUCAAGAAUGAUUUUGUUCUUGUAUCUCAUCUCAAAAAAUUUUUUUUCCAAAAGAUGGUAUAUACCAAGUUAAAGACAGGGUAUUAUAAAUCUAGAAUAAUCAGUGGUACAUUAAUAGAAAUGCAGAACAUUUAGGGAUAGUUGCAGGUGAGGGCUCUGAUGCCAGCAUCCUUCAAUCAGUACUGAACUUAGUUCUAUCCAUAAACUAUUGAAAGGUAAGUGGCGGCUGCUGUAUUUAAUAAAAGCAUAUUUCAUUGGACUAAAAUUUGAUUAUGAUACAUUGAACAAAGUGGAACCCUUUUUUUUAAGAUAAAGAGAUUUUUAAUUUUGUGAUUGUGUGUAUGUGUGUUUAAACUGUAAAGAUUUUAUCACUCUAAUAUUAAUAUCUCUUAAAUGAAAUUAAAAGGUAAAUGAACACGGUCCAGCUUAAAUGAUCAUUCCUUCCUGCAGUGAUUAUUGGAUUGUUUUAGUGUAUAUUUGAAAAACUAAAGAGAAAUAAUGGAAAAUGGAAAUAAUUGCUCCAGCUAAAGGCUUGGGCUUAGAUUUCUUUUAUGAUACCAAAAGAGUAAAAAACCUGGCAAAUCAGGAGAAGUUAGUAAGGAAGUUAAAAAAGUAAAUUCAUCAAGUAUACUAUUUAUCAACAUUGGAAAAUUGAUUUUCCUUGCAAGCCCAUCCUAGAAUGCCUGCUGCCUUUCAACACUUUCAAGGGAAUUUCGACACUUAUAAAGAGAAAAUUUAUAUUGUUAACUUAUAAUAACUUUGCUACCAACGUACUUUGAAAAUAAAAGUAAUAAAAAAACUUCAUUGAAAUAA